CUCUGAUUCGCCCUUUUCUUCAACAGAUCCCGCUAAUAUUCUAUACCCAAAAAUUUCCCAGUUCAUCUUCUCUCUCUCUCUCUCUCUCUCUCUCUCUCUCUCACAAUUCUUGCUCCCUUCCCGUUUCCCCUUUUAAUAGUAUAAUAUAGAGUAAAAAUUACGUAAACGUAUUAUUUCAAGAAUAUAUUUGUCUUGAAAGCAGAAUAUUUUUCCCAUCGUUCUGUGCCGCGGCGUGCAAACAGAGUCUGGCUUUUCCGUUUCCAGCCUCUCCGUCGUCCCAGAUAGUUUCAUUAUCUGACUAUAUAGAUCUCUUUUUCUUGGGUUCUUUUAAUCUUUUAUGUAAUUCCCUUUUUUUUUUCUUACUAACUAAUUCCAAAUAAAACCCCAACUUGUUCAUUUUCCCCAUUAGUGUAUAUAUCGUUUAGAUUUUAGGUUACAUUUUGGAAAUUAUCGGGGGGUUUUUUGGUCUGCCACUCGGAUGAAUUUUGUUGGGGGUUCUGUAUCAUUCUUUUUAACGGAAAUUAAAUCGAUCUGAAGGGUGUAGGGGGAAGCUGGGAAUUUGGAUUGUUGAUUAUAGAAGUGUGAGAUAUUCUUUACACGUUUAAGGUGUAUUGCAGUAUCAACAAAGAUUGAAUUUUUGUGGUUUUCCAUUAAUCCUUUGGGAAAUCAAUUAUGGAUCAUGUUGUUGGAAACAAGUUUAAGCUGGGUAGGAAGAUCGGUGGCGGAUCUUUUGGGGAGCUUUAUUUGGCUGUAAAUAUACAAAGUGGAGAAGAAGUUGCUGUGAAGCUGGAACCUGUUAAGACUAAGCACCCUCAGCUUUAUUAUGAGUCAAAGUUGUACAUGCUUCUUCAGGGAGGAACUGGGAUUCCCCACCUAAAAUGGUUUGGAGUUGAAGGUGAGUACAAUGCCAUGGUUAUUGAUCUUCUUGGACCAAGUUUAGAAGAUUUGUUCAACUAUUGCAAUAGGAAGUUCACAUUGAAAACAGUUCUAAUGCUAGCUGAUCAAUUAAUUAAUAGAGUGGAAUACAUGCACUCUAGAGGUUUUCUUCACCGUGAUAUAAAGCCUGAUAACUUCUUAAUGGGUUUGGGGCGCAAAGCAAAUCAGGUCUACAUCAUUGACUAUGGACUCGCAAAGAAAUACAGAGAUCUUCAAACUCAUAAGCAUAUACCAUACAGGGAAAACAAAAAUCUCACAGGUACAGCUCGUUAUGCUAGUGUAAAUACCCAUCUUGGAGUUGAGCAAAGCAGGAGAGAUGAUUUAGAAUCUCUUGGCUAUGUCCUUAUGUACUUCCUCAGGGGAAGUCUUCCCUGGCAAGGACUGAAAGCUGGCACAAAGAAACAGAAAUAUGACAAAAUCAGUGAGAAGAAGAUGCUUACACCUAUAGAAGUGCUUUGUAAAUCUUAUCCAUCUGAAUUUAUCUCAUAUUUUCAUUAUUGCCGAUCGCUGCGCUUCGAUGAUAAGCCUGAUUAUUCAUAUUUGAAGAGGCUUUUCCGUGACCUAUUUAUUCGAGAAGGUUAUCAGUUUGAUUAUGUGUUCGACUGGACUAUAUUGAAGUAUCCACAAAUUGGUUCCAGUUCUAGAACACGAGCACCCGGGAAAAUACCUUUAAACCGAGGGUCAUCAGCUGAAAGACUAGAAAAGACUCCAGCAAAGCCAGAAGUUCGGGACAGAUUUUCUGGUGCAGUGGAGGCUUUUGCGAGAAGGAAUAGUUCUGGUGCAGGCUUGCAUGGAGAUCACUUGAGACACAGAUCUUCAGAAGAUGUGCCGUCAUCUAAAGAUGUGCAAACUGAUUCCGAAAGGGGCCGUGUUUCUCGAACUGGUAGCUCUUCAAAAAGGGCUGUACUGUCAAGCAGCAGGCCGAGCUCAUCAGGGGAGCCCAGCGAAAACCGCCACAGUAAGCUGGGCUCAGGCAGUGGUCGUCUAUCAAGCACUCAAAGAUUACAACCCGGAUUCGAGUCCAAAGCGUCUUCCUUCAGUCGUGCUGCUGGUGUAAGAGGUGUCCGAGAUGAAACUCUUCGAAGCUUUGAGCUGCUAACAAUCGGCUCCGGGAGAAGGAAAUGAUGGAAUUUUCUGCCGCUUUAUACAGUUUAUCGGGAGACGAGAAAUGGUAAUGGCUGUUUAUGAGGGAGUUAUAAUAGUGCUCAUGGCUUGGGAUCCCAGUUUGCAGAUAUAAUUUGAAUCCCUGGACAGUUUUUUAACAGUAAAACCUCUGAAUUAAGCAGUAUCCUAAAACUAGUUAUCUGAAUAUUCUUACCUCUUUUAUUGUUUCUUGCUUUAAUAUGUUGUGUUGUAAACUCAUGAAAGAUGAAUAUAAUGAUAAGGAGAAGUGUUAAUAUGUGUGAUGGUAUCCCUACUUA